AUGGCACUCAAACCACCCGCCACUCGACUGCUCACCGGGCAUACCGGGCCCGUCUUCACCCUGGGGUGGUCGGUCGAUGGAAGGAAACUAGCGAGCGGAUCGAAGGACGAAGGGAUACGAAUCUGGAAUCCCGAACGAGCUGAUUAUGGCAAGGCAUCCGCCGAAUUGAAAGGACAUUCCAGUCGGAUCAAUCAAUUACGAUGGGAUCCUACUCAUCCUGAAAGACUAGCCAGCGCGGGAGAGGAUGGCACACUGCGUUUCUGGGACAUCCGACAGGGAUCCAAGCCGAUACGGACGGUCGAAAACGACUCGAAGCUCUCAUUCCUGAAUCUCUGUUGGUCACCAGAUGCGUCGAUCGUCGCGAUCGGAGACUCCAAGGAUCGCCUCCAAUUUUACGACUCAUCGACCGGCAAAAAACUUGCAGAACAUGUCGAGUUUUCUAGAAGUCCUAACGCCAGUGAGGGACAAAAAGAUCAAAUAAACGAGGUCUCCUUCUCUCACUCGGGCGACUAUCUCUUCGUGCCCACCGGGGCUGGCUCUGUGGUUACCUACGCGUUUUCUAGAGAAGGUGACGCGGCCAAGUUAACCGAAUUUCACCGAUACGAAGCUCAUGCUUGUGUCAUCAACUGCAUCGAUAUCGACCCUAGAGGACGAUACAUCGCAGUAGGUGGGGCAGAUUCGAUAGUCAGUCUGAUCGACCUGGAGGAAUUUUAUUGUGUCAACACCUUUGCCCAUCUUGAAUCGGAUGUCCGGACGAUCAGUUUCUCAUAUGAUGGCGACUUCAUUGCCGUUGCAGGAAAAGACUUCUUCAUCGAUGUCUCGGCGGUAUCAACCGGCCAACAGGUCCGGAAAAUCGACAACUUGACCUACCCUGUCAAUAGCAUCGCCUGGCAUCCGUCCAAGUACGUCUUGGCCUACGCCGGCGACGAGAAGGCCGGCAACGUUCGGGUGGCCAAUCUGGCCUCUUGA